GUAAGCGCCAUGGUUGCUGGCUGGGUUUUCAACAUGGCAACGGACGACGUGGCAUUGGCUGCUGGCUCCACACUGAUGCUGCUGCGUGCUCUGCGCAGACGGGCGGCUGGAGAUGAUCUGGAUACUGAGACGAAGUUCGCGCUGGGAGCCAUCGACUACUCGAUUCUCAUACUGUUCAUUGGGCAGUUCAUCCUGGUGGGAGCCACGGUGGACACUGGCCUUCCCCAGAAACUGUUUCAGGGAAUUCUCGGGCCAUGUGCGGAAGACCUUGCAGCAGGACCAGGCUGCCUCAUUUGGUUCGCAGCCGUCGUGUUGGUCCUCUCCAACGUCAUUAGCAACGUGCCGGUCAUCCUAAU